AUGUCACUUUGCCGGAUGCCGGCUCCUAUUCAAUUAGAAUACGAAUAUUCCGGCGGCGAAGCACGUGAACGCCGGCCAGCCACACGUGCGAGAAAACGUAAUGUGGAAUGUGGUUUGUUGAAAAAUUUAGAGAACAAAGAAUCCGUCAGCGUUACGGAAAAAAGUGCGAUGUCAAGUCCAGGAACCAAGUCUGCAUAUCAAAAAAAUAGACUUCUAUACGGUCAGUCAGGACGUAGUUCGAUUCAGGGAGAUUUCGCAAGUAAUACCACAGAAGAUACUUCCGCUAGUAAUAAAUCGCAGAGCAAUUCCGCUCGACGUACGCCAGCAAAAUCAUCAGUCAGCCCAAUUUCGUCAAAGAAGCUCUCCUCCACUUUGCCUGCCGGAUCAACGCUGAGACCCGAAAAUCAAUAUGCAAUGAAAAAGAAACGUUAUUUACUACUGAAGAAGGAAUUGACGGACAAACAAAAAGUCGCGCAAGAUCUCUACAACGAGAUGUCGCAGCUUCGCGACAAGUUAAUUAACAGCGGUGCGAGAGAUCCAGGCAAAGUGGAAACUCUGAAGUUCGAAAUUGGAUCUAAACACUUUCCGCCGGCCGAACCAACCUACAACGAGACAGCGAACGUUCACGUGGAGAAACUGUCCGUUGGAAAAGAGCUGCUCGAAACUCUGGAGGAUCGGUUGCGGGAGAUCCCGAAGAAGUUGCGCGACCUUUGUCAACAACUAUUAGAAAAACAGUCGAAUUUCGUGGCUUUCGUUACCACGCAUCUGAUCGAAGCCAGCACGGACGUGGCCGAGCCGGAUCAUGCGAACUCGGAGGUAAUCAUGAAACUCGAGGUUCACCAAAGAGAGAACGACGCACUUCGUUCGCGCAUAGACGAGAUGCAAGAGAUCGAGGAGAGAUCGAUCGCCGAGUUAACGAGGAACGUGAAGCAUCUGAUCGACGAGUACGAGCAUUCCAGGGCGAAGAUAAAAGAGUUGAACGCGGCGGAGGCUCAGAAAGAGUUGCAAACGCAAUUGAACGCCACGACGGAGGAGUUGCAGACGGAAAAAGAGAGAAACAAUCAGAGCAAAGAGCGUCUUCGACAAACGGAGUCGUUGCUACAAAAGGCGCGUACGAAGAUCAGAGAGAUGGAGACGCAAGUGACGAACGACAAGGAGAAAAUUCAGCAGCUGCAGGGCAACGUGAAGACCAUGGAAGGUCAAAUGAAGCAAAAGGAUUUGGCGAUAGAUAUUAGAUUGAAGGAUAUGCAUAAGUCGAUGAAAAACAACGAGGAUCUCGUGGCAAAGGUGGAAAAGCAGAGGGACAGCUUUGAAGCACGGUUGGUCGAGCUUAAAGAGAAGAUGAAUAGCAAGGAAAAUGAAGCGAUGAACACUGUCAAGGAGCUGUCUGAAAGACUGAAAGCAGUUACCGCCGAUCUUAGAGUUGAACAUGAGAAGAGGCAACAUGUGGAAGACGCGUUUAUGGAAUUAGAGGAGCGGUACAAGAAUCUCGAAGACAAGAGCAAACAGUUGUGUGAGCUUGCGGAAAAAAAUAAAGACUUCACUAUUACAGUUCCAUCGAAGAAAAGUGCAAUCUUUAUAUUAAAACGAAAGUUUAACGUGCAUGUUUCGUUUUACUUACCAGAGGGUAGUCAUACAGAGAACGAAGUACGCCUGUUCAACGAGUUGCAGGCAACCAAGACCGAACUGGAAGCGCAGAGGCAGAUGAACUCGAAGCUGCAGGAGGAGAAAGAAGAAAUCGUCGCAGUAAUGCAUCAAGCGGCCUGUCGCGAGGAGGACGAAGAUUCAAGGGAGAAAUUGGUUGCGCAAUUGGUAUUCAAAUCCAACGAACUCCAGAACUUGAUGAUACAGUAUUCGGAACUGAAAAAGGUUGCAAAAAACGCCCAAGAAAAAAAUGGGAUCUUAGAAAGGCAGUUGAUAGACAUUCAAACGCUGCUGCAUUCACAGUCCAUGGAGGGUGGAAGAACUGGGUUAAGCGCUCAUGCGAUUGAGCUUCAACAACAGGUUUCCGAUCUGCGCAAUAAUUUGGUAGAAGUGAUUCAGCAAAAAGAGGAGCUGGAGACUGCAUUGAGUCAGAAGCAUUUGGAGUUGGAACAGCGCGAUCGUGUGAUGCGUGAGCAGAGCAAGUUUCUUAAAGUCAGAGACGAAUUGCUUGAUAUCUUGAAGGGAAAGGCACAACAAGAGAAUGGAGAAUUAUCCAAUAGUAAUGAGAACAACGAAUAUCUUGAACAGAUAGCCGCCAAAACGGAGGCGAUUCAAGAGUUGUACACGACGCUAGAGAACAAACAGUUGCAAAUCAUGCGUUUGGAGAAGAUGGUGAAGUUAAUGGAGGACCACCAAGAUCGAGCCCAGGCUCAACGCACCCGUUUGGAGAAUCGCAUCGCUCAACUAGAGCUGACUUUGCAAAGGAACAAAGAACAGCGGUAUGUUAGGGAACAAUCGUCAUCUUCUAUAAAGUUUCACAUGGAAAUUGAACGAGAUAGAUUAUCGCAGGAUUAUAUUAGCGAUUCUGAUCGAAUUCUUUCAAAAGAUUCCUUCAACUUGCCUUCGUUCAAUCAGCACGAUUCGAUUAGUAGGAGAUCGGAAUUUUUAUCUGGUACUGGUCCUUCACAAAUUGAUCACCGACAGUUACAUAAUUACGGAGACUAUACACAGCGACAGACAUCCUCCGACGAGGACCAGCCUUAUAUUUGUGAACGUUGUCGACAAGAAACAUUCGCAGAAAAAAACAACGAACCUUGGUUGAGUAAAAACGAUUCCACCGAAAAUAUGGACGAAUUUUCUCGUAAUUGGUUGACGAACGCGUCCAGUCUGGAAAUAGAUCAACAUUCGAUGAAUACUCGCGAUUUCCAAGACAAUAGAAAUAGGAGAUAUACCUCUAGGAUGUAUAAUCUACAUGAAGAGUUCGAUAACAUGGACGAUAGUAGCAGGGAGUCGCAAAAUCCUUAUCAAAGAGAAUACCAUCAGUAUCAUCAUCUUCAUCGUCGAGUUCGGUCGCCCUUGGUAAAUAGGACCAUACCUCAUGGUGUCACCUUGUAAACUAUAUAUAGCUUAAGACAUAGUUGAGGUUCAACACACACAAUAACUUUCUGCAAUUUUGGAGGACUUGUUUCAUCAACGUAGGGAUAAAUGGUUUGGGUUCGUGGUAUUAUUAAAUUUCACACACACAAUUCUCUUGAAUUAUUUCUUGCACAAAACCGAUACAACAGACAUGAUGCAAACAAUCUAUUGAACUUAAUUCAAUUAAAUUUUCUGAAAGUAUUACCGUAAGAAUAUUAUUCAGUGAUUAUAAAUAACAUUUAUAGUGGUUACCAAUAUGAUCAAGUAAAAAUUUCUUUCUAUAUACAGCUUUUAAGCAUAGUUUCAUGUAAAAACAAUUAGUAAAAUAUAUUGUAAAUAAAUUUGUAUGUUGUAUUAAUAAGGUCUGAUUUAAUAGGCUAGGUACUCCCUGCUACCGAGUUUUCAAUGUUAUAUCGUUGAUAUAAAAGUUCCUUACAGAGUGCCUAGCCUUUGAAACAGACCAAUUUCUAAUCACUUUAUCUCUCUGAUUUUAUUUUUCUAUGUUUUAGGGGUAAGGGCUUCGGCAUCCUGUAAGGAACUUUCUAAACAACGUCAACGUAAAUGAUCCCCAUCUUUGAUCACAGUCAAAGAGAUUAUUUUGUGUUACUAACCAUUACGUCUUUGGUAAGCGGCAUACUAUAUCAUUUGUAAAAUCUUUUUGAUUCGAUAUUGGAUAUAGUAAUCGAAUCAUAAAUCAUUGGUAAUGUUUUUUAAAAGAAAGACGUUCAAAUUAAGUAGUAACAAUUUUAUACCUUAAAUGUUAAAAAAAGUUAAAAAAUUAUUUAUGUACUUUGAUUUAUUUUGACUAUUGUAUUCGAUGAGAUAUUUUUUCUUUGUACAUUUUAUAUGUAUAGUUUAUUUUAUAAUAAAAUUUAUAAAAUUGAAUUAUAUAUACAAUAUAUUAAAUACUACGUUAAUUACUAUCAUUAUCACUACUGCCAGAGUAUGCGCCCAAUAAAGACAGACCAUUAUUACUGUUUCCUGUUGAAUUAUACAUACUCUCAGAUGUGUUUAUAUUUAAAUUUGUACUUUUUUCCAUAGAAGCAUCUGCUUUUUCUCUUGUCAGAGUUUCUGUUUUUUCUUUAUCAGUACUAGUAAUUGUAGAGUUUGAGUUCAUUUUAGUAUUCACUAAAUUUGUUUUCUUUUUGACUAUGCCCAAUAAGUUUUUUCUGUUUGAUGAUGAUGGUGUACUUUCAGACCAUAACGAUGUUUCAGAUGCUUUUAUUCUUUGAGUUUCCUUAGGCUUCAAUAAAAAAUUAAAAAUAUUUUAUAAUACUUGAUAGUUAUAAAUACAUUUAUAAAUAUUUAAUAAUUAUAAUUAAUCAAAGAAUCAAAGUAUUUACCUUUUCUUGUUCUGCUACAGAUUGAACCUUAUCAUUUUCAAUUUUAUUUUUACUUUUCUUUGUCAUCUUUUUUGGUGGUUCAUCAUUUUCAGUCUGAUCUAAUUCUAAAAUUUCUUCUUCUACAAUAAUUUUUUUACGAAAUACUGCUUUAACAUAUUGCUCAUCAUAUUCUUCUUGUUCCUUUUCUGUUCUUUGUUUGACUGCUUCUGUAUCAAAUUGUUCUAACAUCUGAUCAUAAUCAAUAGUUUGUUGCCUACGAUUCAAAUCUUUUAAUUCUUCUAAUGAUUCUAACAAUUCCAAUUCCUGUUUCGAUUGCAAUGUUCUUUUUUCUAAGAGUUUCAUUGGAUUGGUAGCUUCUUCCUCUUUUUCUUCAUCCUCCUCUCUUUGAGCUUGUUCUUCUGCCAAUUUCAAGGCCAUGAAAUUUCUCGUGGCACCUGCUUCGAUCUCAUAAUCCGUGUUCUUAGGGUCUGUUUUAAAGCUUAUUUCUUGGAGGCAUCUAGUACAUUUUAUAUAAAACCUGUAAAUUCGUAUUCCUAAAUAAUCAUCACCUUCAACAUCUUCUUUACGGGCAUUAAAUUUCUUUCCUUUGUAAAUGUAUUCACCGCAAGUUUUGCAUCUCAUAUUGAAAGGGGCCAUCAAACGAACUGUAUACUGCCUAUUUCGGGCCAAUUUCAUACGAGGGAUUUUCGACGGAUCAAAAUCCGGCGGAUAAUAUUUCUGAAAUAUAAAAAUUAAUUGAUGUUAAUAUACAUAUACAAUGAAAAUAAUAACAUGAACAUAUCAUUCUUCCAUUUAAUUUAAUAUAAUUAAUUGCAAAAUUUUACUUACGUUUAAGACUUUACGUUCCGACAUGUUUUCAGUUUAAUAUAAUAAAACUAUUAACAUAAAAUAUUUUAUUUACUGAAAAAUAUAUAGCUCGUACUUAGGCUAAAUCAUUGACUAAUAACAAAAUAGAUGUGACACCAUAGGGAAUUUUGUGCUUCCUAUUCUAGAACAUCAACUUUGAAACAAAAUCAAAAUUUGUUUUUUUUUGUUCAAGUUUCGAAUAUAAUUUGCCAGUAAUUAAAUAUUCUUUAUAUUUUGAAAUUGACUCUUCAAUUUAUUAAAUUUUCGUAAGAAAUUGUGGCCAUUUAUCAAGUAUUAUCAGUUUCGUAAGAAAAUGUUUUCAUUUAUCAAGUAGAUGCCACUUUUCAUGAAUUUUGUAGAUUUGGAACGAAAAAGCUGAGAAUUAGGAAGAUGCAAUCAUAAAAGUUAACAAAUAAAUGUUCUCAAUUAAAUUUUUUUAAAAUUAAAAUUUAGUUGUUUUACGGACACUGUUUAGCUAUCUAACAGUAUAGCUAUCUAACGGUGAAUGGUGGAACUAAUUUUCAAAUAUAAAAAUUACAAAUAUUUUUAUUUUUCACACAUAUUUCACAAUUUUGGCAUUCUUUGGCGUUAAUAAAUAAAACAUGGUAAAAUAUUAUUUAUUACAAAUGUUAAUUUCAAAAAUCAUCGUUUAAAAUACAAUUACUGGAAAUUUAGGCAUUGAAUUGUUUAUGAAAUAAUUGCAAAAUGCCAUUGAAACUUUAAUUUCAAUAUAAAAACCAAAAUUUCAAUAUAAAGAGUAUAAUUAAUAGAUAUUAAUAAAAUUUUUUGAUUUAAUUAAUUUUUCGUAUUAAUUAAUACCAUAGAUGAGAUUUCAUCUGUUAAUAUUUGUAAUAGCAUAAUCAUGUCCAAAAUAAAACAUUUUGACCAAUUGUAUUUAAUUAAUUAAUUAUAUAGAAAACUAAAAUAAUAUUACACAGAGAAAAUUUCUGAAAUUUAAAACUUUAAUUUGAUUCCUGUACAAGUAAAAAAUUUUGCUUAAAAAACUCUGAUUUUUUUAGUUUCAUUAUGAAAAGAUCAGUUUCACCUUUUUAUCACUAGAUGGCUGUAGUAUUUCAAUGUCCAUGAAUUGAUUAAAUUUUCAUUUCUAAAAUUUCUGAUUAAGAGAUUUAAUUUGUAAAUUUUUAUAGUUCUUUCAAUCGUUUAAAUCUUAUUUCUUAUUUCUUAAUCUUAUUUCUUUAUUCCAUUAACGUAUUGAAAAGUGAUAAAAUGAGUAAUUAUAAAAAGAUCUUUAUUCACACACUGCCUGUGAUACCAAAAUGGUAUCAUUAUAAAAUAGUUAAUUGAUAUUAUAUUUGUUAAUAAAAAAAUUUUAUUAGAUACAAUGCAAAUUAUUCCAAGAAAUAAUAUCAUUGGAAUUGAAGAAAUAGUAUUUUGUUAUUUAAUGAAAUAACUAAAUUAAGGUAUGUACGUUUCAUAUACCAAAAUUUAAAAAAUAAAAUUGCAAACAUUUCAUUAAAUCUAUUGUCUCAUUUAACAAUUGAAAAGAAUUAAAGAAAGGAGUUUUGUAUAGUAUUUUUUUAAAAAGUUUUAAUUUAAGUAGACUACAGCGCCAAUGAAACGGUGA